UUGUUAUCAGCAGUGUGAUAAACUGGCUAGGUUUUUUUUCACCGGAUAAUGUGUUCCGAUCACAUUCUUUAUUAAUGGUUCCUAUUUCCUCGUUUAACGUUUAAUACACUAUUGCUUUGUCGCAUAUUGCUGCCGAAGAUUGGUUAUCGUCAAAAUGCCCAGCUACGAGUUAUGCUUGCUGUUCAAAGUGCUGCCAAGGCCUGAAAUUGCACAAUGUUUAAAACGAACGGCUAGUAAGAUUUUUGAAGCUGGUGGUUUUAUAAGGCGCAUUGAUAACUUAGGAUCAGCAGAUACUCCUUGGAAAAUAAGUUCACAUGACUCAAUACAUAAAGAGGCUAGUUAUUUUAUUGUCGAGUUUGAUGUACCUAGUUCAGCAUUGGAUUCAUUUAAUAAUUAUUUAUCGAGGGAUAUUGAUGUAAUCAAGCGUACAAUAUUUCGAGUACCUGAAAAUAAAACUCAACCAGCUUGUACGCUCCAUGAAGAACUUAAACCACCUGCAUAUAGGUCUGAAGUCAAAGAGAUGAUAGCUAUUGGCAAGAAAAAACGUGAACUAGAAGCAAAGAAAAAAGUACAAUUCAACACUGGCUUGGAUUUUAUGCCAUUCCAAAGAUAGAAG